AGUCGCGGUCUCACAAACUUGUUAAAAUCUUAAAUUUUUUUUUUAACUAAUAACCAAUCAAUUCUACCUGCCUGCCUGUAAUUGAAAACUUUGCUCUGUUGGUUCCUCUUUGCAGCUUAAUUUGCACCAAGAGAGAGAUGGCUCCAUUGCCAACGAACACUAUUCAACAUUUCACCCAUAACCAUCCUUUAACAAAAGUUUACAAGAACAAAGAAUUCCUCUGCGAUGGUUGCAAGACUCUGGGUUUUGGUACCAGAUACCGAUGCAAUGACUGUGAUUUUGAUCUCCAUGAACACUGCAGCACCUGCCCUACGGUGUUUUCCUCUUUCAUGCACCCACAACACAGCCUCAGCCUUGCCCUUCGCAACCCACAUGCCACCCAUCAAAACGUCCAUGCCUGUGAUGUAUGUGGCGGCCUGGUUGAAGGUCUUUUCUACAGGUGCCAGCUCUGUGAUUUUGAUGUGCACCCUAUUUGCACCCAAUUGCCUGAACAUGUCAAGCACGUGAUGCAUCCGAAUCAUCUCUUGAAGCUUCAAUCUUUCCACCCUGGUAAUUGGUGCAUGGUUUGCAAAGGUAUGUGCACGUCCUGGCGCUAUAGAUGUGAACUCUGCUGCUGUGAUCUUCACCUUGAAUGUGUUUUAGCGCCAUGUAACAUGUCAACGCCACGAUUUGUGCCAGCAGCGUCGCCACCAUCGUCGGCAUGUUGUUCUCGCGAUUCUGUGGCCCUUCCACGACCACCUUAUGCUUACGGUCUUCCUUCCAUAUCACCUUAUUUUGAUCCUUAUGCUUCUAGGCUCUCUCCUACGAGCAGUCAGGUUCAGAGAGAUGACAACAAGGAAAUUAUGUACAAUAUUGCAGGGAAGCUAGCGGUUGGAGUGCUUAGCAAUAUGAUUUUUGGAAAUUUUUUCUCAAACUAUUUCAAUGAUAUAUACCUUGUUGAUCCAAAUGAUAAACAGCAGCUCAUUGAAAUAGGUUUCUGGCGGAAAGAGAAAGAUACAGCCAAGUCAGAAAAUCACGCUUCUUCUGCUCUAGACUUUAGACCCAGACCAAGUUAUAUUAGAAUCCUAGCCGUAACAAAACUGUGCUUGGAUCUUUCCAAGAACUAA